CGGCGGUGGUGUUAACAGCGGUGUCGCGAUGGUGUGCGGGGGCUUCGCCUGCUCCAAGAAUUGCCUCUGCGCCCUCAACUUGCUGUACACGCUGGUCAGCCUGCUGCUGAUUGGAAUUGCAGCAUGGGGAAUCGGUUUUGGCCUCAUCUCUAGUUUCAGAGUUGUUGGAGUGGUCAUCGCAGUAGGAAUCUUCCUCUUCGUUAUUGCCUUAGUCGGAUUGAUUGGUGCAGUGAAACAUCAUCAAGUAUUGCUGUUCUUUUACAUGAUUAUUCUUUUGCUAGUCUUUAUUGUCCAGUUUUCUGUCUCCUGUGCCUGUUUGGCACUAAACAAGGAACAGCAGAGUCAACUUCUAGAGGUGGGAUGGAAUAACACUAACAGCGCAAGAACGGAUAUUGAGAGAAACCUGAAUUGUUGUGGAUUCAGAGCUUUUAAUCCAAAUGAAACCUGCUCCUCUGAUUGUUUUAGAAGUCACCAGUGUCAACCAUGUGCACCAAUAAUAGAAGAAUAUUCUGGGAUGGUGCUGAGAUUUGUUGGAGGCAUAGGACUCUUCUUCAGUUUCACAGAGAUUCUGGGAGUGUGGCUGACAUACAGAUACAGGAACCAAAAGGAUCCUCGUGCAAACCCCAGUGCAUUUCUUUGAUAAGUUUAGAAAGGACUGAAUCUUCUCUCUGCACCCUCUACUUCAAAAUACUGGUUCUUCAUAGUUGUGAAAUCCAUGUUACAGUAAGAUACCAGUAUACCCAAAAGAAAACUUAAAUUUCCCAGAGCAAUCUGUACUUUCUUUAUUUAAUAUCCCAAUUCUUUUCCUCCAAGAAUCCGUCUUGAAGUAGACUGGUGCAUUCAGUAGCUGGGCAGUCAGACUUUGCCUCUGAGCUGGUUGAAUAACUCUGCUAAGACUUUGGUAAUCAGUGUGAUGAACUCUAUACAGUGAGGUUUAUAAGCACUAUUGGCUUCUCAAAAAAACCCAAAACCCAAAAGUAUUUCCUGCUGUAUCCAUUGAUUACAGAAAUUCCCAAGAUUGCUCAUUAAAAUGCUGAAAACACACAAUGGAUGGUUGGACUGUAUGAUUCGAUUAGGCUUUAGGAUGAACUCCAGCCAACUUUUUGUCUCUGUAAUGGUUUCCCACUUUCCUGUUAAGGUAAAAACUUAGUGCACAUAAGUAUAUGUAAAGGACUACUGUAGUCUUCACCCCUCUCCUUCUCUGUUUGUUUUGGCUUUCUGGUAGCUUUAGAGUUUUGCUAGAGAAUGAAAAUAAUUCUUUACUUCUAAAUGAAUAUCUUCACUAUGAGAACAAUGAAUGAAGAAAACCAGGAGAAUGUAAUCUGCAGCUGAUUAACUUGAAACUUUUUUUCUUUGACUAAGUGAAUGAAGUUUGGUAUUUGCACAACGUCAGAAUCAGUAGUGUUUUGUCAUCUUUAAUAUAAGAAACUUGAUGUCUGGGAAAUUGUUGUACAGCUAAUUUUUCAGAUGGUGUAAAAUCAUUGUUAUAAUAACUUGGCAGUGUGUAUUCUUCUGUCAUGCAGUUCAUGAAAGAUAAAAUGAUGUGUAAAAAAA